AUGUCACGAGUCUGUACUAUCUGUAGCAAACGUCCAAUGACAGGCAACCAGAUUAGUAAAUCACGGCGGCAUACAAAACGGCGUUGGUUUCCAAAUCUUCAACGGGUCCGGGUUCAAACUGCGGAAGGAACGAGACGGAUUCGCAUUUGCACGAAAUGUCUACGGAGCGGAAAAGUCGCUAAAGUUAUUUCAAGGAUGCCGGCACUGGUAUAG